CAAAUCUUCUGUUCGCCCAUUGACUUUCUUUUAAGUCCUCCAGUUCAUACUUAUUUCCUUAUUCUUCAGCCCUUCUGUUGAUUGCUUGCUUUCCAAGUACAUCUCUGCAGCUUGUCAGAAUGGUCCAUGGAGUAACGUCACAUGUGAUUAAAUCUUAACUGCGGACAUAAUUCCGGUCAUAAUCACGAUAGUAGAGCUGUCACGAUCACCUCGUUGUGAUUAUUUAUUUGGUCGAUCGUACAGAGUAAUCACUUCAAGUAACCAAUCAAAACGUUUCUCUUCCCAAAGCCAAUCUCCAGAUUUUCCGGUCACAAGGAGGAUGUCAGGAUCAAGUGAUGUUUCUCGGAGCUUGUGGCUGGCACAAAAUCCAAGCAAGAGAUGGGGAGAGCUCUUCUUCCUCUUCUACACUCCUUUCUGGCUUACUCUCUUCUUGGGAAUCAUUGUUCCUUACAAGCUUUACGAGACAUUCACGGAGUUGGAGUAUCUGCUUGUGGCCUUGGUUUCAGCUGUUCCUGCUUUCUUGAUACCAAUGUUGGUUAUUGGAAAGGCCGACAGAGGCUUAUGCUGGAAGGACCGUUAUUGGGUUAAGGCAAAUCUCUGGAUAAUUAUUUUCAGCUAUGUGGGAAACUACUUUUUGACUCACUACUUCUUCCAAGUUCUUGGAGCGUCAUAUACUUUUCCGUCGUGGAAAAUGAAUAAUGUGCCUCACAACACAUUUUCUUCAUGGCACAUGUUUGUUUCCUCUUUUACCACGUUGCAUCCAACAUUACUCUUCGAAGGCUACGACAUUCUGUUACGCUUUGAUACCACUUGUGGCGGAAUUCGUGGUUCUUCUGAUACCACUUGUAGAGUCAAUCGUAACUCUAACAAGACUUCCUUGGAGAUUCAUAACAUCCCCUGGUCCCUUUGAUCUUUCCCAUUGAUUCAAUCCUUGUUCAUGACUCAAGAAUUUUUCACCCAGUUCGCGGCCGCAGCACACUACAUCUGGGGUGGAUCCAGGAUCCACAACAUCCACUAUGAAGUAUCGGAAAACACCUCCGAUGUGGUUUACAAGAUCAUUACUCUCUCUGUUCCUGGGUAUGCAAACCCUAGAGAGUAUAAAGAGAUAAUACAAGAGUACAUGGCUAAGAGCUAAACCUAGAACAACAAAUUAUCUCUAGCUUACUCUAUCUCUCUAAGAGACGCCAUGGAAGCUCUUUCUGGAUGCUUGAGGCUGCUGCCUCCCAGAAGCUUGGCUUAGAGAUCUCUGUCGUGAUCUCUCCUUCUUUGUAUUGCCAGCACUUAACCUAAUGGGCUUUAUCGAUUAGGCCCAUAGGUUGUCCAUGCGUAACUUGUGCAACUCGGCCCAGCCGAUGAACAAGUCCGAUGGACUUGACCAAACCUCACAAAUCUCCACCUGUUUGGUCCAAGUCCAUAACCCUUCCUUUGUGCUCGACAUAUCCUGAAACUUGAGCAAACCUGCUCAUCCUCUGCAUCUCUUUGUCUUCUCUUAUCUCUUCUCACUUCUCUCAGCUCCAUCUUGAGCUUAGCUUGAAGUCCCUUCAUGAUCUUCUCGAAACCUGCAUAAGCUUCCACUUAUACACCACAACUGCUUAAGUAGAUUAAACACUUAAAUCCACUUAGCCCCAUCAAUGAAAAUAUACAUCAUGCUUGAUGAAAGGUAUGUGACAAUCCCAUUGCCAUUCUGAAUUUCCAUCACCUUCAUCCAUUGUCUUGAGUUGCUAACCCAGCUGUUACACUCCAAGUGUCAAGCUCAACUCCUCAUUGAAGUCGUGUUACUUCAUAUCUUACUCCUCGUGAACUUAUCAACAACAAAGCUUUGCUGUCAAAAAAUCACGAACCUGUUCAAGUGUUGAACAGAAACCUGAACAUCUUUCUGCAAGUUGAUUUCCUCCUUAGCCUUUCGAUUCCACUCAUGUGCACUGAGCCUUGAACCAAAUUACCUGAAUUCUGUGCAGCUACCUUCGAACCAUAUAUGCUUCAGACCUGAAACAACCUCUGAUUCUCUACUUUUUUAAAACACUCCAGCCUUGAACACGUUUUUGUACUGCUGUUGCUCUGAACAAGACCCGCCAUCCAACCAUCACUGCUGGACAGACCUUCGACACAACCUUGGUUCACCCUUUAUGUUGUUAACAAACAUUGCUACCACAUAAUCCUCCUUGAAUCAACCGCAAACCCUUGAAGUCACUCAUGCUCCAUAUCUCUGAAACAGUCUUUGACUUACCCUUGAUGUUCUUGAACAGACUGCACUUGAGCAUCACUUUGUACCGCUGCACAAGCAGGACACGCCGCCUAACACCACCUGAUUAGGAAGACUUUCGACACAAACAUCUUUGCUCCACCAUCUGAUCAACCUGUUCUGCAACAACAGAACCCCACUAACAGAUUUAGACCCCACUGCUAGUUAAAUUAACUGAGCCUCAUACCAUCUUCACCAUGAUACGCCUUGGCUUUCCUCACUAGCUGCAUGUGAUAUCUUAUCUGGAAUGCCUGAUAUCCCUCCUUUACUCAGUUGUGAAUUCCUUUCCUCAAUAUCCUUCUUGUACUGAGAUGUCUCCAAUGCCGAAACCUGUGCAUCACCAUCAACGACUUGAACACGCCUGCUAGUCAUUGAACCUACCAUAGCCUGAUGAGUACCUAGCCAUCGAUGAGUAUCUGGCCAUUAGCUAAUGGACUUCCUUGAGGAAACUUCCUCUCUUCUAUGAUGCAAACAUAUUCCAGAACUCCACCUGUUCUGAUCCAUAAGUGCAAUCGGCCUUUCCUGCACUUAUACCUUCAUGAAGCUUCUUUCAGUUUCACGACUUGAGCUUAAGAUGAACCUGCUUGUGGAGAACAAGUCUUACCCUUCCUGAGAUGGACAAACUGUAAGACACUUCCCUGCAAUCCCUGCAAACUGUAAGACACUUCCCUGCAAUCCCUGCAAUGUCUUCUAACAGUUUCUUACUUUGCUUCAUCUCACCAUUCUUCAUCUUCACUUCUCAAUAUUUCAGUAUCUCUUGAUACUUACUUCCCUUCAGUUUAACCAAGUACCUCACCACGUGUUAUCAUGCAUCAUACUCGGCUCUUAUUUCGUGGUCCUCUAUAUCAACCUCACUGCAGUGUACUCUUGAUACAUACGCCGAUUUACUUGUCUCGCCUACAAGUUCCCUUAUGUAAGACUCCUCUUACAAAUCUCCUGAUGAUGCGCCUUGUACUUGUUAACUGAUCCUGACACUCCUGGCCUUGACACUCUGAACAUAUCCACGAGCCUCUUAUCAUGGAUAACCUUUCUUUUCAGCUCUUACUCCCUUGAGCUGACGAAGUUGCUAACCCGAAACUUUUAUCUUUCAGCUGAACCAAUCAAGACAUCUUCUAAACCAGUGACUCACUCCACCUGGAAUCAGAUUAUAUAUCUUCCUGAUGCAUCAAUCCUUAUAUAAUCUCAAUGGCUCCACCUGAAUCAAAUAACCCUUUAGAUGUACCAUGUCUCUGUAACUAAGUUUCUGCAACUGUUCAAUGUUCAUGUCGGCCCUUGAACAUAUCUCUCAUCAUACAUGCAUGUGAUGCUCCUGAGAUACUCCCUUACAGCUUAUGUCAUGUCAAACUCGAACCCUUGACGAGUUUCUCAAGCUGUAGCUAUACUUGAACCCUGACUUGCUCAAGCACGAAGUUCCGACCUGGUCAAGUCUGCAAAUUUCUCCUUUUGCCUUUGAGCUUCAAUUCUUAUCCGAGAGCUCCACCUUGACCACUGUGGUCGUGACACCAAAACCGGCGUCCUUUACUUCUCCUCUGAGUCUAUUCAUCUGGAAUUGCCGACUCAGACAUCCAUGACGAUUCCUCUAAGGUAUAACUCACACACGCUUCUCCUAGCUGUGGUAGCGACUUUCUGCUUCUUGAACAAGUGUUGAUGACUGUUGUCUUAUACCCUUUAUCCUCAGGAUUACAACCUGUCGUAACAACCUGUUCAACCCGAUUCCGCCUGCGCAUUUUCCUCUGCCUUUGACCAGAAUCUUCAAGCUAAGUUUAACCUUGAAUCACCUUUUUAUCUUUAGAUUUUUCCCCGUCACUCACACGACAUUACUAAAGAUUCUGCAUGUUGUUACCACAAAUAGCCAUUUGCUCCAACACACCCUUGUGUAGGCUUUUACACACUUAUCUCAUACUCUAGUUUCUUCUUCGUGGAGGUACAACCUAUUCCUGUCACACUGACUUGGUGACUCCUCUGGCUUUCUUCUCAUAGCCAGAAACCUAGCCUCUUAUGCACCCACGAGACUGACUUGAACUGACCCAAAAACAGAAUCACCUCUGUUUCGUCACAUUGUUGUCACACGACAACCAGCCUGUGCAGCUGCAAGAUCCGUUGAUCAUCUUUCGCAAAGACAUCCUGCAUUCCUUGUGAUCUCUGAAAACCUUCAGUCCCUGUGAGAUUGAUGACCUUUGAUUCCUUCUCCUUUAAGCCUAGCUUUGACUUAAUGUGAGUUUGUAUUCCCUUGAGAUAUCCUCCAUCCCAGACGACUCAAAUCAAUCUCCAACACUCUGAUCAUGAACACGCCAACCUAUGCAGCUGUUAUGUUCCAGCUUGCGCGAGUCUUCCCUUUCUUGCAAACAACCGCUGCAUCCCUUGCAAGUCUCUCAUCAUGAUUUCAUAGACCUGAAACCAUCACGUGAAUUAGGAUCUUCCACUGUGAACGUUUCUUCCUCUGUCUCUGACGUUGUCUUUGUCUACCACAUACAAACGUCAUCUGCUUUUUUUUUUCUCUGAUGCUCCAUAUCCUUUAGCAUCAUCAUUGGUUCGUCACUCCUGAAAUAAUCAUGUGAUUAUGACUACAAAUCUACUGAUUCUUCUUCUCCAGAAUUUCCAGCUGAUGUCGAUGCUAAUUUGAAGCUCUUGCAGAAUCUGAAUCACCAUUGCCUCAAACCAGAAGCUCUUUGACUCAAUCCUAACAAACCUCAAUAGCCUGUAGACACCAAACUCCCCAUCCUGAGAAUUUUCUUUGUAACAACCUGAAUGAACACCUUUCCUUGAACAUCUCUCUGAACCGCUGCUGUUGCCAACAGAACCCGCCGCUUAGCUCAACCUGCUAAGAAGACUUUCGACGCAAAGAAUCUCUGCUCAACCUCUGCUCAAACAAAUCAUUACCUCUGCAACCGUGAAACCUUGUAGACCCAUUUGUUUCCCCUCAUAUGCCUGAGAGGCCAAAACAAACUACUACUGAAUCCCAUGCAGAAAACCCGAAACAUACUUGUUUCCAUCCUGAAUCAAUCUCGAUUUGACACCGCCACCUGUUCAGCCGAACUCUGCCUUGAACAAUUAACUUCUCGUUCUUGCAGAUCCAUCCCAGCAGAAAACUAUGUGUUACGCCAAACACAUAUCUGCUUAGAAAACAACACUGCAUUCCCUCUGAAAAUAGCAGUCUUGUAGUAUCUUGUUCUCUGAACCUCUACCCAGCUGUAGACUCUCAUAAUCACACAUAUACGAACCCUGCAUGAGUCGAUCUCCUUCAAACCCUUCUGCAACACCCUUCACGCUGACUAAAGAAUACCAUCUGAACAGCCAUGAAACACUCAUAUCAUUCAAGGUUCUAAGGCGUCCCCUAGUUCCAAGAAUUCCAUGAGAUACCGAGCUGAAAUAACCCCAUAGAUUAACACACCACCUGCGACUGAUAUACCAUGUAGAGAUAACCCAAGAACACCGUGAAAUCCCUCACUGAAUCUUCAGAUAAUCCCAUACAAAACACCAGUGCGAAAAUCCCUUAUGCUCCACUAUGCUUUCAACUCCAAUAACUUGCAGAAUAUGAAGAAAUCCGAAACUCCAAUGCAUAUAGUCACACACUCCUUGUGACUGUCACACACUCCUUGUGAGUGCAGAUCGAAAACAGCUCUGAAACCUCUGUUUCUUAUGCUAGCAGCCUGCCACCAUCUCGACUUGUGAGUAACCUGAAAACCCUUCUCACAUAGUAGCAGAUUCUUGCACCCUUGGAGAACUGUAGAGAAAUCCUGAUUUCAUAAACUCGAAAUCAUCUCAACCGAUUCAACUGACUUGUGAAUCCUUCCUCCGUAAACUUGUGCAACUGCAGCGAAGAACGUCGAACAGUUUUCCUUCUUCCUCUUGUAAACCAAAAAUCUCUUUGACCUGAUCUGAUCUCGGUGUAUUACUCAGAUUAGGGUAAAACCACGUGACCACCAACUUCAUAUGUCUCUCCUCCUAGAGAUGUGGACUCCAUGAAUCAAUGAGCCUAUGCUCUGAUACCACUUGUUACGCUUUGAUACCACUUGUUGCGGAAUUCGUGGUUCUUCUGAUACCACUUGUAGAGUCAAUCGUAACUCUAACAAGACUUCCUUGGAGAUUCAUAACAUCCCCUGGUCCCUUUGAUCUUUCCCAUUGAUUCAAUCCUUGUUCAUGACUCAAGAAUUUUUCACCCAGUUCGCGGCCGCAGCACACUACAUCUGGGGUGGAUCCAGGAUCCACAACAUCCACUAUGAAGUAUCGGAAAACACCUCCGAUGUGGUUUACAAGAUCAUUACUCUCUCUGUUCCUGGGUAUGCAAACCCUAGAGAGUAUAAAGAGAUAAUACAAGAGUAAAUGGCUAAGAGCUAAGCCUAGAACAACAAAUUAUCUCUAGCUUACUCUAUCUCUCUAAGAGACGCUAUGGAAGCUCUUUCUGGAUGCUUGAGGCUGAUGCCUCCCAGAAGCUUGGCUUAGAGAUCUCUGUCGUGAUCUCUCCUUCUUUG